GUUGUGUGUGUGUGUGUGUGUGACGUCUCGUUUUCAGUAGCUUGCUAUGAGGGUGAACUUUCUUGAAGCCAGCUCACUCGAGCUGCUUUGACAUUUAGACAAGAGAGGUAGACAGAAAAUGGAGAAACUGUCAAGCUUGCUGGGUCUCACAAAGGCACUGCUGAGAGAGAAGGCCAGGAGUAUCAAAAAGGGACAACAGCAAAAAGCUCUCGGUGAUGGAGAGUUGAGAGGCAGAGCCAGAGGACACUCUAAGACACAGCUGGGAAGUACCAUUCAGCCACAAGGUUCCUGUGGUCACAGGGUGAAGUCCUCAGAAGUUAUCUGCAUGGUGAAUGCGUGCUUGAAACAGAAGAGUCUGGACUUCAGCUGCCCCGUGUGUGGGGAGGCGUGGGAUUGGGAGCUGGUGAAGGACCAGAUCCAGCUCUCUCAGGCUCAGGCCACCAUCCUGGAGGCCCAGGUCAAUCGCAUCGCCCAGGAGCUCCCAGACAGAUACAAGAAGUGCCCGAUCUGCGCCUGCAUCCUCAGCCGUCCGCUGGACAGCACAGGUCAGCCGUGCCCCUUCUCCAGCUGCGCCCGCUGCCCCCACACGCACCACUUCUGCUGGGCGUGCCUGGCGCCCUGGCUCUUCCCCGACGAGGCGGGCGCGGGCCAGUGCAGCAACGGCUCCUGCUACCUGGUGGGCACCCUGCUCUCGUGCGACGUGGUGACGGAGCCUGGCAGCACGGUGCUGGGGUGCCCGCGCUUCCGCGCCUGCCCCAAGUGCCUCGCCCUCCUCUCGCACACGAGGGACGACAGCGGUGGCGGCGGUGGCGGCGGUGGCGGCGGCAAGCACACGACGUGUCUGUAGUGCGGGCACGUGUUCUGCUACGUGUGUCUCCUGGACGCUGGCGCGUGCCCGCAAGAGGAGAGCGAGCACUACCUCCCGUUCUGCCGCGGCCAGAAGGCAAAGAGACAGUGGUUCGUUACGCAGCACGGCACGCAGGGUGAUCGGCUCUCCACUUGACGGACGAUAUAUUGUAUAUCAAACUCUCUCUCACUCUGUUUGGUGUGUCAGUUUCUGGCUGCGCUUGUGCUACUGUGGCAUCUUAUAAUGUUUGUGACAUUAAAGGGGAUUCAGGUUUUAGUUGAAUCUUUCCCAUACAGAAAAAAAUAUAUAUUGAAAUAUAUUUUUAAGUGUCAAAAAUAUAAUUGUGGGCCCAUUUUGAUUAUUUGAAGAUAUAUUUCAAAUAUAUUUUUGUUGUAUAUGGGCCUGUACGGGCAUACAGAACAAACAUAUAAAUGGCUACUGUAUACAUUUAAAAAAUUUAUUGAAAUAUAUUUUAAGUGUCAAAAAAACAAAAUUUGGGGGCCAAUUUCAAAUAUAUAUAUUUUUGUGUAUGGGUUUUACAUUAAAGUUGCCCUAAUGUGUUGAGAUGUUACAGUAAAAAGUCUAAAAUAGAACAAUGACUGACGCUUAAUGGAGUUAGAAAUAAGACUUUAAUUUGAAAGAAAUAAUUCAAGUUCGCUACUCUUUUCUAUUUGCUUUGUAUAUUUUUUUCUAUAGAUUUUAAAAUGCACAUAAACUUAUUGCAGUUCACAGGUGCUGAGCAAAUUAACUUGUUCACUCACACUGGUAUGGUAUGUGAACAUGGAAGAUCUGUUUAUAAAAACGAAUAUAGAACCACUGAACGGUGCUCCAAUGUUCCCUCACUGAUGACCAGCUGAGAUGGAAAGAUAGAGAGAGAGAAAGAGAGAGAGAGAGAGAGAGAAUAAGGGGUAGUGAGGACAUGUGAAGACAGAGAGAGAGGGAGAGACGGCAACGUGGACACCCACCUACAGCACCUCCGAGUCUGGGUAUUACUUCCACCACUUUCCCCCUCAUGCUCAUCCACUCAUGUGGAGGAAGAAAAGAGGAGAGAGAAUAUGAAGCACGAAGAAGAGAGAAAGAUUUGAGUAUUUAUGUGCCGAUGACAAGACUGAAAAGAUUUUUUUUGCAAACAGGUUGUCUGUGAGGAGAAUUAAAGAUUGUCUGUGAAGAGAGUUACAGAUUAGAGAUGACUAAGAAAGGCUGUGAACAUCUCUUUUAGAUCAGAUCUAGUGACAGCAUUGCCAUACAGGGAAUGGAGGGACUAAAAUAGCUGAGGGCUAAUGAGGUCAUGCUAAUGUGAAGACUGUGAAGUGUGAAGAGAAUGAGCAAGACCUCAAGCUGAAGCAAAACAAAUGGUUAAUAGUCUUGUAAACAUGAUAUUUAUACAAUAAACAUAAAGUAUUAAAGAUGACAUAAACCAGA